AGGCAGCAGGUUUAAAACAGAGCAUGGUCAGCUGGGAAAGCCCCACACCAACCACAGAGGCAAGAGAAAAGGAGCAGCAAAUUUAACAAAAACAUGUCUAAAUGGAUGACAGGCUCCUGGAUGCCAAGAAAAUUUGCCCACUCGAAGGUCAGAGCUUCAAACAGUCAAGGUCUGAGUAACCCGGUCACUUAAUUGCACCAUGGCAACGUCAAACCUGGAGAUGCAGUUGCACAGUGCCCAGAAGAACCUGCUGUUCUUACAGCAGGAACAUGCCAGUACACUGAGGGGGCUACACACUGAAAUCCGCAAACUGCAACAGCACUGUUCAGAUUUGGCCUUUGAGUUGACAAUGACAUCAUCACCCUGCAACCAGGCUGGAAACAGCGAUUCAAGAAGUGAGGAAUUAAGAAAAAGGUAUGAAGAACUGGAAUCUCAGCUAAAAGCCAAAGAAGACGAGAAUAAUGAAUUGAUAAAAGAUUUGGAGAAGAAGAAUGCAGUGAUACUAGUCCUGGAAAACACAAUGAAAGAGCGGGAGAAGAAAUAUUUAGAGGAGCUAAAGUUGAAGAGCCAUAAACUCAGCAUGCUGUCCAGCGAGCUGGAGCAGAGGGCAAGCACCAUUGCAUACCUCACUUCUCAGCUGCAUGCAACCAAAAAAAAGCUGAUGUCUUCAGCACCGGGAGCCUCUGACAGUCAAACUGCUGCAGGUUCUGCAGCUACCAACUAUAAGCCAUCGCCACCCAAAGACAAGAUGCCUGAAACCCCAAGGCGUAGAAUGAAAAAGAGUCUUUCAACUCCACUAAACACUGAGUUUGCAGAAGUUUAUAGACUUGGAACUGAUGGAAGAAAGCUAAUGUUGCGAUCGGAACCUUUAGAUGCUAUGCCAGACCCUACGCCGUUCCUGCAGGCACGGGAAUCUGCUGAAGCACACUUGUUGAAGGAGAGGCCUUUACUAAUUCCACCCAUUCCUUCCGAGCGUGGCUCUGUGGAGCAGCAGAGCCCAGCCAGAGACAAGCAGCACAAACCACAUCACAUCGGCGUGGCUCACCGAAUCCCACAUAUCACCACAUCACAGAGCCAGCCUGAAGUGGAAACACUGGCAGUCGACCAGGUUAAUGAUGGGAAAGUGGUUAGGAAGCAUUCGGGGACAGACAGAACUGUGUAAAAGGACUGCUUUACCUCGGCUUAGUUGCUUUUAUAUGCUGUGCACAAAAUAUAGACAAAAUUUCACUUGCAGCAAUUUUUUAUUUUGUUUUUAAUGACAGAGAAAAUAUGAAUGCCAAGCUCUGACACUUUAUGGGAAAACAAACCCGCACAGACUCAUUCGGAAUUUCACUUUUUUUUUGUCAAGUUGUGAGUAGUUAAACAGUGGCCAAAAUAUGUAAUCUUCUGCUUGCUUCUACCAAUAAUCUAAUUGUACUUGUCGUUUGAGAAAAGCAAGGCCACAAUUCAGUAGCCGUUGCACUAAGCAGCUAUAAUCACUCAAAGAGAGAACAUGGUAUACACAACGCUAACAUACAACUUGCAGCUAAAACUGAAACUAUUUGCUCAAAUAUAACGUUAAUGGUUGAAGGUAUGAGUAGCUGUGUCUCUAAUAUAUACCGUCUGUCAUAUUGUGUGUUGAUGAUCUCCUGACAAAGCCUGAACUGGCAGCAUGUAAAUCACUGUCUCCAUGUAUGUACUGUGUGUCAUGACCAUAAGAGGAACAAAUCUUUACAGGUUUCUUCAGGUCAUAACUGCAUUUAUACUAAGUUUGAUUUUGUAAUCCAAUUAAAUGAUUAUUGAUGAUCUGA